GGGAGAGUGAGAGGAAGAAAUGGGACUGUAAGGGGAGGGGAAAGUAAGAUAGGGGAAGGGGGAGGGGUGGGGGCUUUAGUUAAUAGAAAAUAGACUCUGAGAGAUAAGUAAUAUGUAAAUAGGAAAUGUAUCCAAAUUUACCUCUGGGAGCGAGCCAGUGUGAGAGACAGAAUAAUGUGGCAGGGAGCCUCAGGUGCAGCUGGGAGGAGAGGAGGCGGGGCAGUGAGCAAGAGGCUAAGGGAGAGAGAGUGAGAAAGAGGGAGGGUGUAUGUGUGUGUGUGCGCGUGUGUGUGUGAGUGAGAGAGAGAGAGAGAGAGAGAGAGAGAGAGAGAGAGAGAGACUGAGUGUGCAAGCUAGAGAGAUUGUGUGGAGAGGGAGGGAGGGAAGUGUAAGCCAGUCACAGCAUCUCUCCUUCUCACUGCACCAGGGCUGAGGGACUCUUCGUCCCCUCGCUUCCCUCGCUGCAGAUUUAACUCAUUUCCAUCAGCGCAGUCAUCUUUUUUUUUCUUGCUUUUUACUUGCUGCUUUUGACAGAUGCAUUGCAUUCAUCUCUUUCUCUAUGCCAGGAUUUAAGGAUCUGUUUAUUGAAAACACGGGUUGUCCUGUUUAACGGAAUUAAAAGGGGGACGUUUGCAGAGGACAGUGCUUAAGACUGGGACUCCGACUGAGACUUGGUCUUUUCUUUAUGCUGCUAGAGUGGAUUCCCCUUUUGUUGCGCUGCCAGUGUUUUGUUCAGGGCGACAGACAUACCAAGAGAGGAGUUAAAUACGAAGCUGUAGGAUCCCAUACCUCUAGAACUAAACAGCGUGCAUACUUAGAGGGACUAAGGCAAGUUAGAAAAUCUACGGUUGUGCUAGGUGCUUGAGGAGAAGGUGCUAAGCCUCUCUGUGCCAGUGCUUCAGGAUGUCACAACAAAAAUGCAAAUAACAAGUAUACGGGAUAAAAAAAGUGGAUUGCUGAUUGAUCCCCACACCCCUCUCUGCAAGUGUCUGCCACAGGAUUGCUGAGGAGCCGAAGUGAGUGGAGCACUGAGUUAUUCAGCUGGCCUCUCAUUGCUCCUGGAGAGUCCUUUCACCUGCCUGCAUGGGAGUCUGACAUUCAACGCUUUCAUCAGCUACUGGACUUUUACAUUUGUUUGUCUUUCGCGACUUGCAGUCCAGAACACUGAGAGGCAAGUUUGCACAUUUGGAUUUAAACUUUAAAUCACUUUAAUGGCAGAAGUCAUCCAGACAUUUUGACCCGCUUGGUUGUUACCUCAUUCUGCCUGGGGAUGCCUUGUAAACACAUUUUCCCCCCAGCGCCAUGUGUGUUGAGAGAGCUGUGACAUUAUCUCCUGCGGAGAUCCCCAUGUUGUUCUAGCCUGUGUCUGUGUUUUGAUUCAGACAAUAGCUGGGCAUACAUGGGCUCCAGACACUGACCAGAGGACCACCAAAAUAAGGGAAGCCUGCUGUUACAUAGUAAACACGCUAGCACCCAUGGCACAGUGAAACUUUGGAUUGUACUGAAGGGUUGAUUUACAGAGAUGGAUGUAAUUAUACACCGAGAGAGACUCCUAAGAAGCUUUUUUCCCCUCAGCAAUAGCUGCCUAAAAUGUUUUUUUGAAAGGUAACUGCAUUCAGUACGUUUCAUCUGAUAUUUGAAAUAGGGGCCAUAUGCUGUUUGCGUAUUUGAUCUCCUUUGAUGAUCUGUCAAGAGAGGACAGCACUGUACUUUGCUUCACGCUUUAACCUCUUCAUAUGGUUUCCUCCCUCGCAUCUUCUGUGCUCUCUGCCCUUGUGAGGACAGCUUAUGCCGUCAGCCUCCCGAUGGCAACCCUCAUUAGAAUCAGGAGAUGAGGCCACAGACUGGCAGGCAAAGCAGCAGGGAAACUCGCCUUUGGGAUAGAUGCUGGCCGCAACACUAAUGCUGCCCUGCCCUAGGUUUACUGAUGGAAUACAGCUUUUUCCCUCUCUCUACUCCUGACUGUUACCCACCCACUACUUUCACUAACCAUGAGUGAUUGGCAAAGGAGAGCUGAACGGGUUGUCCUACUCUCCCAGAGGCUGUAUUGAUUUUCCUCCAGUCAGUGUUCAUUUGAUUGAGACCCAGCUAUGUGAGAGUAAGGUGAAAGAGAGAGUGAGUGUGCUAGAGAGAGUAUUGAGCUCCGUUAACUGAGGGAGGUUGCAGACGCCCAGUAAGGAGCGGGAGGGGGCCGGCAGUUCUCCAGUUUCAGGCCAGCUGCCUUAUGGGUGGCACACCACAAACCUGACCCACCUGGAUAGCACCCAGAACAAUGAACCAGUCUGAACUGACAACGGACCCGGUGCUCACUGCCAACAGCAGCCAUGGAGACCUCUUUCCUGGAAGGGCCUCCAACCACUCCUGUCCCUUGGGCUGGGGGCGGAAUGAAGGCCUGGAGGCUUGCGUCCUGGAGACUGCUGUCAUUGUACUUCUGACAGUGCUCAUUAUUGCAGGGAACCUGACGGUAAUCUUUGUGUUCCACUGUGCCCCUCUUCUACAUCACUACACCACGAGCUACUUCAUCCAGACCAUGGCCUACGCUGAUCUGCUGGUGGGUCUUAGUUGCCUGGUGCCCACCCUGUCUCUACUCCACUACCCAGCUGGUGUCCAGGAGCCCAUCACAUGCCAGGUCUUCAGCUAUGUUAUCUCUGUACUGAAGAGUGUUUCAAUGGCUUGCUUGGCCUGUAUCAGUGUGGACCGCUACUUGGCCAUAACUAAACCGCUAUCUUACAACCAGUUGGUGACACCAUGCCGGCUAAGAGGCUGCAUCACCCUCAUCUGUGUCUACUCAAGCCUGGUUUUCUUGCCCUCCUUCUUUGGGUGGGGUAAGCCAGGAUAUCAUGGAGACAUUUUUGAGUGGUGUGCUCACUCCUGGCCCACCUCUGCCCUUUUUACAGGCUUUGUAGUGUGCAUGCUCUAUGCACCUGCUGCACUUGUGGUCUGUUUUACCUACUACCAUAUCUUUCGCAUUUGCCAGCAACAUAAUAGGGAGAUCAGUGAACGGCGGGCACGUUUCCCAAGCCAGGAGAUGGAGGCUGGUGAGGGAGGUAGCAGCGGCGGGCAUCAGGGAGGGCAUGGACCAGAUCGCCGUUAUGCUAUGGUGCUCUUCCGCAUCACCAGUGUUUUCUAUAUGCUCUGGCUGCCCUACAUAAUCUACUUCCUGCUAGAGAGCUCCCAUGUGCUGGAUAGUCCUGCCCUCUCCUUCAUCACCACCUGGCUGGCCAUAAGCAACAGCUUUUGCAACUGUGUCAUCUACAGUCUGUCUAAUAGCGUGUUCCGCCUGGGCAUGCGUAGGCUCUCGCAGACAAUUUGCUCCUUCAGUCACUGUGCGGCUGAUGACAGGGAUUUUGUGGAACCUAAACCAAGGAAGAGGGCAAACUCAUGCUCCAUCUAAAGGGAUGACUUCUACAGGAUGAUGAUGAAGAUACUCCUGGAAUCAAUGAGUGGGAGACAUGAAUAUUAACAAGCCCAGGAGCUUGUUAACUUUCAGUUAAAUUGGCAGGGCUUGACUAAACAGAAAACACUUCCUGUUACAACAGCCUGUCAGUUGACACCAGUGACUUUGCCUUGGUCACAGUAAACUAUGGUUUAUUGCAUUACAAGCUUUUCAAGGAGAUGGGUGCAGUGUCUAAACAGAGGGAGUUAAUAACAGAUUGGCACUCUGUGGUGGCUUCUAUUCUAAGCUAUAUGACAUAGCUGUGGAUCACAUAGAAAGUAGUCUCCCCAUGGCUUCACUAGCCUUUGCAUCUCACUGUUUGUCAUUUGCCAGGUCAGACCUAGUGAGAAGACAAAACUGUAAAUUCAAAAAGAUUCACAGAUAUUUCCUCAGCCAUCAAAUGUGACCACUCUGUUUCAGACCUGUUAAAUUUUGUUAGUGUUUGUAAAUUCGAUCAACCUUCUACCGGAUGUCUUCGCACUUUCUAUGACUGUCAUUAGCAGAUAACUUACAUUUGCUUGUGCUCACAAAUCUGUUUAAAGAUUGUAAAUGAAUAUUAGGCAUUUAACUGUAUAACCACAUGAAGUGACAAUGAUAACAGCCAUUAUGCUGCUGAUAAAUAACAGUUGGUGUAUGGCCUUGACUGUUUUCUACAGGAAAGUAACCAGUCUUUUUCUGUGUAAGACUUUUGUGGUGAGUCUGUAAACAUGAUGUAAGUAGGUGAACAGGAGACAGAUGCAAAAAAAUAUUCGCGAUGUACAGGUCAGGUCCUCUGCCACAAUUUUUCCAAUUAAUAGAGUGAUUGGCCAGUCACCAAUCUGGCAGUUGGUUUGAAAUUUGGAAAGCUGUUUUCUCAGAUUUUCUGUUGAACAUGCUACAUAAUCAAACAGUGCACAGCAAUCUUAAACAGUAAAAAGUCCAAUAUUGCACUGUGUAGAUAGUUAUGCAAAACAUACAGCAUUAGACCAAGGACUGUAAAACUAUCUAAACUUAGAAGAGGAGUAUUGAAACCUUUAAAUUAAGUUUAAAUCCCCCAAACUGGAAUUAAUACUUUUUAUUUAACAUAUUUGUAAAUCUGUAAUGUAGACUGUCAAAUUUCCAGCAUAUUUAACACCAUGCCUACUGCAUUAGUGUGAUUUCUACAUGACAUGCUGCUUCCAUAGUUUACCAACCAGCUCCUUAUCUUUAGUCACUAAUUGAUCAGUGGACCCUUACUAAAAGCACCUUAUUUUCAGGACUCAGACCAAGGGUGUGUCAAGCUCACCCUGGACCAAGGCCUGUACUGAGGGCAGUGAACUGAUGCUCUCAUCAGAUGAAUACCCAGCACAGUGUUUUUUUUCCCAAGAUCCCUCAUAGGUUUUAUGAAAUAGCCCAUCAGCACCAGGAUUCCUACCAUUGUGUGGCAUUCCUGAUAUGGCUGUGUUAUGAGUAUUCUGCUAACAGUUUGAUGCAUGAGUGCUCAUGACAGCCAUUACUAACCAGGAAAUAAAUAUUACAUCCCUCUUCCCCUGUAUAUGGAGAGCCACGUAUACUGGAUAGUGACCACACAACAGAAGUAAGGAGCAGUAAAGAAGGUGAUAAGAAUUGGCAGUGAUGAACCUGAAGAUGCAGCCUGGUUUUAGGUGCUUUGCAUCAGUGGCGUGGCUGUCUUUGUUAGAGAUGAUAGUGGAUUUUAUUUCCUAGCAGUGGUGAGCAGAGGCUCAGGUUAAUGUGAUCUGAUCUGUCUGGAGGUUGCUGUGAGGUUAAAACUUAACUGAUCUGAAAUUACAUGCUUAGUUGUGACAAAGGUUUAAGGCUAUCAGUAGCUUAUCUUGUGUUUGUUUGUUGAACAACAGGCCAGACAAUGUUCAUUAUUUUUAAUUUGCCCCACUUUCUUUCAGCUGUACCAGUUCCAUUACUGUCAGGCAUUAGAAGUCACUGCAGGCCUGAAUGUCUUAACGACUUCUCAGUGGUUUUGUGAAUGAACCCAGUAUUUACUGUGCACGCUUCACAGGGUAAAACCUAACUGGGAAUCACAGUAUAAAUCGGGGGGGGGGGGGGUGACAUUGCAUUGGUAGCCGGGCUUGUUGAAAUUUCCUUAACACAUUUGUAACAGAUGACUGUGCUUUGUGAGCUUUUUCUUGGAGAUGGGUAGUUACCUUCAUUCUGCUAAAAAAAUAGCUCUUUUGUUCUUGUACUGUGCCCUCCCAGCUUGGAGACUGUUUUACCAAUCUGGGGUUUUUGAUAGACAAAUAGCAGAUGAUGUGCGCUGCUAAAGCAACCUGCAGACUGCCUUUGGUUAUGAUUCUCACCCUUUGCUACAGCACACUAGUAUAGUCAUUCCAGUCAGUUUACCUUGUACAUUCCCUUGAUCAUUGGAUCAGUGUCAAAACGUAAUUCAUUUCACAAGAAUACAGCCACGUACUAUAGCCAGCGACUUACGCUGAUUUCCCUCUUUGCUCAUAUAGUAUUGUUGGUCAUCUGUGGUUUAGGCCUCGCUUGUACUGUAUAUUUGUCCAUGCUAGAAACCAAGUGACACAGCAAACCCAUCCCCUUGAUAUUGUAACUGUUGUUCCAUUCUAUGCUGCUUAACAGUACCCUGUGUAAGUCAUUCCUCAUUUUAAAGCUGCAUUAAGUGAUUUUUGACUACUAGGGGCAGAAAGACUCCAGGCCUUUUGCUUAUUAUGUUUUAGUGACAUGUUAGCAAGCAGCUUGCCACUUGACAAAUCCAGCAGAAACCGAGUUACAUGAGCAUUCCAGUAGAGUCUUUCUGGCCACCUUAUGAAUGUAAGUAAAUAUUGUUUUUAAGCCAAGGUUUGGUAAACCACCAACAGAAAAAUAUAUGUGUCUCUUGGGUUAUCUACAUGCUCUACUUUCUUCACCAGCCACUUGUUUACUUCAGCUCUUUACAGUUUUGCAUGAGGUAGAUAACCUGUAGUCAACUUGAAAUAGUCACGUGCUGAGUGGCUUCCCAUGGUUUAUACUGUAUGUGCCGGCAGUGUUUUGGUUUUGUUGGUUGAGAUAACUGGGAUAACCAAAUCAGUGAGGUAAAAGCAGCUGUGUAAAGCUGCAGAAUAGGGUGUUGAUUCUCAGAGAGAUUAUCAGCAUUCAUCACCCUUUAACAUAAUCAGGAGUUAUUUGAUUCAGUGUUAAUAUUAAAAAACAUAUUGCUUUAUGCAGCUUUAAUGCAUUACAGAUUGUUCUGUAUACGUGCCUAAAGAUGUAUUUUGUAGGAAAAGUGAAAAGAAAAAAAAGAUGUUGAGAAAUAAUUAGCGUUACAUGGACAUGCUGCACUUUUUAAAAACUUUUUCCAGCUACAUGAACAUACCUUGUGUCCAUGUACACGUCUGAAGGCAUUUGAUUUAAUUUUCCAUAACUUUAUGGUAGGUUCUGUGGGGUUUCCACUUGAACCAAGAAUGGGUCAAGUCAUUAAUUUAUCAGUGUCGAUCUGACUUCUACCUACAAGUGGGUACAUGUCCUACUAUCUGACGUCUACAUCAUUUCUGUAAGAUAAGAGGAGACAGCAGAUUUGUCUGAGUCUUGUGAAUUUCCUUCAACAGCCAUAUGACCUGGCAUAUAUGAGGAAUAACAGUAGGGAAACACACAGCAUAGCCGUGUCAAAUAUUAGACUUAUAAUUAUUUUUUUAUUUUGUUAGCUUGUGUUUUUUGUGCUCCUUUGGAGCAUAGUGCAGUGAGGUAGUAGAUGAAAUUUAUAGGCUCUGAAUUAGUGCUGUAUUAUCUUCACAAUGUGGUGACAAACAACAACAAAAUAUUAUAUAAAACAGGAGAGAGAUAAAUUCUGUAAUGGCCUAAAAUAAAAUAGCUCAGUUGUUACCAUGUAAUGUAAAAGUUGGAAUAUUCCUUUAAAGUGGAGGUUACAGUAUUUGGUCAGAAGUUGCACAAAUAUUAAUUCCUUUGGUGGGCUUUUUUUGUAGCAGGUUAUGUUAAAUGCGUGUCUUGGCUCAGGGUUUCAAAACUCCAAGAGCCGUUGAAUGAGUAUUUAAAAAAUAAAUUGUUUAUAUGUGUCUGUAUUACACUGACCAAACUGAAGUGUUAGAAAAUCAAAACUGUUCUCUUGUUCAAACAAGUUGUCUUACUUUAAAGUGCAUUGAUAGGGGCUUUUAGUUGAGAGAGUUAAGUAAAGAGUUUAAUUACAGGUUGAUAUGUAUUUAUUUAUUAAAUUAUGUUAAAACCUUUACACAAUAUACUGUAUAUGAGUAUACUGUAUGUAAAGUGUGUGUAUCUGUUUUUAAUCUGCUGUACAGCCAAAAAAAUAAGACAAACAUUCUGACAAAGGUAUGGCGCACCCAUUUGUGUUAAAUCAAGUAGGCUGCUGAUGUUUUGAGUAGGAGGCAGAGUGUGUUAAAUUACACAGUAUCUAUUUUUUUAUUUUGAAAUUUUGUCAAAGGCUAUGGUUUUGCUGUUGCUGCCAACCCAAUAAAGGUGAAAAUAGUAGA